AUGUCAGUUAAAAGCACAUCUACGUAUGCCUCUAAAGGCAAGGGAGCUGCGACGGGUAGUAGUGCGGCGGCCAAUCGCAAGAGAAAAGCCACAGUCAUCGAUUCGGAUGAGGAUGAGGAAGAAGAAGAAGAGGAUGACGCUCCACCGCGCAAGAAGGCUGCCAUAUCGACCAAGCAUUCUUCGAAUGCGAAGAAACCAGCGACGUCGACAGCAGGCAAGAAAGCAAAAAAUAUCUUGGUUCUCUCCGAUAGCUCUUCUGACGAUCCAAAGCCCGUCAAGAAACCUGCACCGAAGAAGGAUGCGGUACCUCGUGCCUCAGGCUCAACGACCAAGGCAUCCAAAGCCUCGUCUGCAAGGGACGAUUCGGUGUCCCCAUCAAAACCAGCAAAGCCAAACUUCGCCGCUAUACUUGCAAAGCGUGCGAGUGGCCCUGCCGCACCUGGCUCAAAGGAAAUUCCAAUCGGUCAACCAAACUGUCUGGCAAACUUAGCAUUCGUAUUCACAGGCGAGUUGGACAGUCUUUCUCGAGAAGAGGCUCAGGAUCUUGCGAAGCGAUAUGGAGGUAACCGCGUAACAACUGCACCGUCUUCCAAGACCUCUUUUGUAGUCCUCGGCAACAACGCUGGACCGUCGAAACUCUCUAUGAUUGAGAAACACAACUUGAAGACUUUAAGCGAAGACCAGUUCUUGGACUUGAUUCGUACUCGAAAGGGUGCACUGGAUGAGAAGGCCCUGGACAAGCUGCGCAAGGAAGAGGAGAAGAUUAAGAAGGAUGCAGAGGAGAUGGAAAAGAAGGAGAAAGAGCAGAAAAAGGCUAUGGCCACCAAACCCGGGUCGAAGCGCGAGCAGCAUUCAUUUGACCCAAGUUCUCAACUGUGGACCACAAAGUAUGCUCCGCAAAACUUAUCGCAAAUCUGCGGUAACAAGGGAACGUGGAAAAGGUUCAGCUUUGGCUUCAUGACUGGCCACAAUCACGAAAAUCUGGAUUUAAGUACGGUGGAAAGAACGCGAUCAACGGUUAUCGAGCCCUCCUCAUCUACGGCCCUCCGGGAAUUGGAAAGACGACUACAGCACAUCUAUGCGCCAAACUGGAGGAAUGCGACGAACAUCAAUAAUACAUCGUUGGAUGGUUGGAUGUCGCAUGGACAGGUCAACUCCGCCGGAAUCGAAAUCACGGAUAGGACGGUGUUGAUCAUGGACGAAGUCGACGGCAUGUCUGCUGGAGAUAGAGGUGGUGUAGUGGCACUCAAGGCGCUUAUCAAAAAAACUCAAGUUCCUAUCAUUUGCAUUGCGAAUGAUGGGCAAGCUCAAAAGCUCAAACCUCUUAUGGGCAUUGCAGCGAGCAUUCAUUUCACCAAGCCAACGGCGGCUCAGAUUAAAUCACGCAUAGCAUCUAUCUGCUACAAGGAGAAGUUGAAUAUCCCUCCUAACGUGAUAGAACAGCUCAUCGCCGGAGCCCAAUCGGAUAUUCGCCAGGUUCUCAACAUGCUUUCGACGUGGAAGUUGUCAAAGGGGAGCAUGGACUUUGACGAGUCCAAACGGCUUUCUGAAGCAAAUCAAAAGUAUACUAUUCUCUCGCCUUUCAAUUGCACAAGCAAGAUUCUUGGUCCCUACACAUUCUCAAAGACCAAUAGAGAAACGCUCGGAGAGAAGAUGGAUUACUAUUUCCAUGAACCGGCGCUCAUGCCGCUUUUCGUACAGGAAAACUACCUUAAGCAGAAACCUGCGAGGGCAUCGGAUUCAAUGGGCCAGGAGUACAAUCUCAAAGUCCUCGAACUCAUGCGCAAGGCAUCUGCUUCGAUAUCAGAUGGUGACAUGGUCGACCAAAUGAUCCGCGGCUCGGAGCAGCACUGGUCACUAAUGCCUCUUCAUGCCUGCCUGUCCUUCGUUAGACCGGCAUCAUUCAUGUACGGAGUGUCUGGGGAAGGGUACGGCUACAAGGACAGCACGUCUUUUCCUCAGUGGCUCGGCCAGAAUUCAAAGCAAACGAAGUUACAGCGCCAACUCGGUGACAUUCAGGUCAAGAUGAGAAUGAAGGUCUCUGGCGACAAGUCCGAAAUUCGACGACAUUACAUUCCGGCCCUAUUCCCCCGAAUCGUGCAACCACUCACAGACAAGGAUUUGGACGCUAAAGAGACCAUCAAAGAGGUCAUCGGAGUUAUGGACGAGUACUAUCUGAACAAAGAAGACUGGGAUACCAUUGUCGAGCUCGGAGUCGGGUCACGCAAAGACACCGAUGUUCUCAAGAAUGUGGCGACCGCUACGAAAACAGCGUUUACUAGGACAUACAAUGCAUCCGACCAUCCUAUAGCCUUCCACAAAGGAACCGAUGUUGGCGGAAUCAAGAAAAUUGCCGCAAAGGACGUCCCAGAUGUUGAAGAAGCGUUUGAUAUUGACGACGAGGUUCCUGAAGACGAUGAAGAUGGGACACCUGAGACUGAAAAGACUGCCGUGCUCAACGACAAAUUGAUCAAGGAGAAAAAGCCAAAAGGCAGCGGUGAGCCGAAAGGCAAAGGGAAAGCCAAAUGA